CUAAAACAUAACACAGUGCAAACGAACCAAACCACCCACAGAUAACAGUACAUACACUGCAAGCGUCAUCAGGCAGGCCGGGUCAAUAACAAUCGGGCAGGUAGGUACAGGGGGAGCAAGCGGAGAAUGGUCGGGGUCACAGGCCAGGUUCAGCAGGUAGCGGGCAGCGUGGUACAGAGGGUCAGGCAGAGGAGAAUGGUCAGACAAGCCAGGGAUCAGAGCAGGGUCAGCAGAGAAUCAGACAGGAACAGGAAACAGGGCCCAAGAGAAACACAACACCAAGGCAGAGUCUGCAGGUCU